AUGAAACUUUUGCCUUUUUUCGGCCCUUUUGCCCUUUUGGCCAACGCAGAGGACGUUUUUAAGCUCGUGAGAUUUGGAACGCCCUGGUGCGGCCCUUGCUACAGAUUGAAUGACGUCUGGAAAGAGCUUCGUAGAGUAACGGACAGUAAAAUCGAGCUAGAGACAAUCAACUGCAUGGAAAAAGCGAUCUUCUGCGGAAACCUAGGAAUCACGAAAUUUCCGAAAAUCAUUCUUUACAAAAACGACGAGCACUACGCCGAUUUUCCGGAUCUUCUUGACAGGUCAGUUUUUGAACUAAAAAAAUUUCUGCUCGAUGCGACUGGACCGGCGCCAGAAGACGUCGUCAUUCCCAUCUCGGAAAAUACUUUCGACCUGUUUGUCGAAGAGCCGAAACUGUCAGUUGUCAGCUUUCAUGUUGACUGGUGCGAAGCGCCCUGCUCGAAAAUGACGGAAGAUUUGGUCGAUUUGGGAAGGGAGAAGAUUUGGGGAGAUGAUAUUCAAUUUGCAACUUUCGACUGUUCAUUUUACGAAGAAAAGUGCAACGAACUUGGGGUCCACGCGUACCCAGCGCUGCACUUCCACCGCGGCGGUAAGUUAAUUCCCGAUUCAGAAAUUCUAGGCGCUCUGAACCGGACCGAACUGAUCGACGUCAUCGACGUGAUGAUCGACAAGAAGCCGAUGCAAAAGAGAGAAAUCGACAUUGCCCGCGGAGAUGGAACUUUUCAGGAGUCGUUGGCAAUCGCUCACACUUCCGCUGUGGGAAGUUCCAAAUCGAAUGAAUGCCUGAGCUCGUAUUCAUUCUACGACGCGACGGUGGAUCAGGACAAGACUGGUUGCUGGGCACAUGAUGAUUCGAAGAAAUCGUGUGUUAUUGCCAAUCCGGAUUGCUUGAAACUUGAGUGCAAGUCCGACCGAAUGGAAGGCUUCAUCCGCUUGGACGCAUUCAACGAUCCCGAGCUCAUCGCGAGUGACAUCAGCGAACUCCUCAAUUUCUCCGAAGAAAAUUGCGAUCCGAUCAUUUCCUACGACGAGGAAAAAUCCGGCAUUUCUUUUUCCAUCAAGCUCGGGCAGUGCGGAAUGACAGCGGAGUCUUCGGAAGUGGAUGAAGGACUUUUGAUCAAGUUUUCGCAGGUGUUUCAUUUUACGAAGAAGACGAUGGCCGGCGCUAGAAUCUUCUUCGCGAAUGAUUUUUCGUCCGAGUUUGGGUUUAAUUGCUUUUAUACGUCUUCCACUACUACUGACAGAUCAAAGUAUUCCGUCACAACCAACAUCGUCAAUUCCAACAUCGAAAAAUUCGUGAAUUGGGACCAAACCUUCGGGAUCAAAUUCUACAAAAGUUCUUCUUACGAGACUGAAAUCGACGCAGCAAAUCUGCUGAUCGGUGAUCGAGUCAACGCACGAGUAGAGUGGAGGGAAGAGUUUGAUUCAAGCUUCCCGGUUGAAUUUUUUGUUGAACAGUGCACGAUUUCAAGCCAGGAGAGUGAGAAAGACUUCAUGGUGAUCAAGGAUGGCUGCUUGUCGGACUUGGCAAAGACGGAGAUGCAUUCAGCCGAACCGUAUUCUUCGAAAAUGAUAGAUUUUAGCUACGAGUCGUUCACCUUCGACAAAAUCGAGUCGACCUUCGAGCUCUACCUUCAAUGCUCAAUCACACUCUGCCUGAAAGCUGACAGAUUGUUCGGUUCCUGUGGAAUUCCUGACAUUUGUCCUGAAGGAUACAAGUCCAUUCACUAA